AUGUUAAUUGAUGAUUCUUGUGUUGGAAAAUACAUUUCGUCAAUAAUUUUAAAUGGUGGUGAGCGAGGUGAUAUAAUUUCAAAAAUUAUUCAAAUUGUUGAAAACCAUUCAUCUUUUAUAAAUGAUUUUUAUUCAUCUGGCAAAGAAAUUGAUAGUAGUAAUAUGAUAAACUGUGUUAAAUUAUUGGCAUAUCAAUUUGGUUCAAUUCAAGGUGGAAUAGAUUCCAAAAUUGUUAUUCAAAAAUAUAGAUACAAGAACUGGAACCAAUUGGUUUUCAAUUGGGAUGGUUUUACAAAUAAAGAUAGUCAAGGGUAUUUUUUAAUUGGAUCAUCAUAUCUUAAUAUAAUAUACGAAGAAGAUACUCGAGAUUAUGAAGAUAUCAUUGAUCCAGAAAACAUAAUUCAAGAUGAAAAGGAUCAAGAUUAUGAUUAUGAUUAA